UGCUACUUUACAUGACUUUGACAUCUAACAACUCAGCUGUCACUUAAAGCAUAACCUAUUUUUAGAAAAUAAACACUCCAAUAAAAUAAACAAUUAAAUAGUUAAUUGACUAAUUAGAAAUGACGACGAGGAACCCCUGCACGCUCAUGGAGGUCCCCAACGACGAACCGUUCGAUUUUCUAUUUAAAAUCGUCCUAAUCGGGGACUGUGGCACUGGAAAAACGUGCGUGGUGCAACGGUUUAAAAACGGGACAUUUAUAGAAAGGCACGGUAACACUAUCGGGGUGGAUUUCUCGAUGAAAACCGUUAACGUAGACGGGAAAAACGUCAAGCUUCAAAUAUGGGAUACCGCGGGUCAGGAACGCUUCAGGACCAUCACCCAAAGCUACUACAGGUCGGCCAAUGGGGUCAUUAUAGUUUACGAUAUUACCAAAAGAUCUUCUUUUUUAUCAGUGGCAAGGUGGGUUGAGGAAAUCCGAAGGUACGCAAGCACCUCAGUGCUUUUAGCAUUAGUAGGCAACAAAGCGGAUCUGGAAAGCUGCCGGGAGGUGGAAUUUGAGGAGGCUGAAGCCCUCAGUCAGUACAUGCCAGAGGUUUUGUUUGUUUUAGAGGCCAGUGCCAAAGACAAUGCCAAUAUCGAGGAGGCUUUCAUGUGUCUGGCCACUGAGCUUAAAAGGCGUCAAGACCAGGGGAUGUUAAGGCAGCAGGAUGAGGAAACUGUUAAGUUGGGAGAAAGUAGUUCGGUGUCGAAUUGUGGCAGUUGCGUGAAAAAUAUAUUUUAGGGUAGUGUGGUUGGAUGAUCGGUAAGUGACAUAUCAAAAAGAAAAAAAAAAGAUUGUGCCUUGUAUGAAGUGUAUUUGUUUGCUGGGGAAUUUGAAAAGUGGCCUCAGUUAAUUAUUAGGAAAAUUCUUCCCGGUGUUAUGUCUAAUUUGCUUUUGUAUAUUUUUGAUACGUCUGUUUAGUAAUAAUACUCAUAUUUAUUAGAUCUCUUAACUGAUUUAGGUGAUACUCUUGCAAUAUUUUAUUCACUUUAGGUUUGUAGCCAAAGUCUGUGUAUUAGUGAUAUUUUUAACCUU